AUGUCUACCACCGCCUCUACUGGGUCUCCAACUCUUCGACGUUCUGCACGUAGCAGUACAUCCCAUGAAAACGCGUCUUCUGCAGCUGACGACAAGAUGACGGCUAGGACCGCUUCUACCGCUCUCUCUUCGUCGAAGCUCGGAAAUCAAGCCCCAAAAAAGAUGAAGAUGAACCAUGACACAGCUUCGACCUCUUCUAACGAGGACACGAACCCUAUGGACAAGCUCCUUGCAAAGCUCUCCGAACAACAGGAAGCCCUCUCUAAGCAACGUGAACUUCUUAAGUCUUCCGACGAUGACACUGCCUACAUCCGCACAGCCCAAUAUGUCUCUGGUGCAAACAGCUUGGUUCCAAUUGCCUCUGCUAUGGACAGCUUCAAUACCAGCACUGUCCCGACUACAAAUACUCCCAGUCUUGCUGGUGAUGAUACUCCACAGCCUUCUGCUGCUGAAGUCCUUCGCCUUAAGCUUGAACUUGAAGCUGCAAAAGGCAGAAUUGCUCGUAUGGAUCAGGAACUUGCCCAAAGUCGGAUCACAAAGCACACACUUGAUCAAGCGAUCGGUACUCCUUCCGAGGUUGAUUUCCCUAUGGGUCAGCAGAACCUCAAGUCCGCCAUUCGUCCUCAACUUCAACGAGACCCUUCAUGGGCAGGUCAAGAUGAUUCUCGCUCCGAUACCAGUGAUGCUCUAUCUGCCAGUGGCUUUAAUCGUACCCGUGCCAUCUGGGGCAACGGUGCCAAGCCUUCUUUUGCUGGAGGCCAGGCUCCGACGGCGAAUUUCCAGCCAUCUGAGGCACUUACUUCCAGUCAGUGGAUGAAUCGUGGAUUCGGUCAACCUUUCAUUGAUGCACCAAUGCAAUACACGGGUCCACCAAUAAACACCCUCCGUGGCGACCGCUUGAUGCCUGACCCUGAUCUCUUGAUGGCACCUCCUGCAAAUCGUCGAAACAAUCUUGGCAGCCACUUCACCAACCGAGCUGCUGGAUCCUUUUCCUAUGCAGGCAGUAAUGGCUCCUAUGAUGGAUACACUCCUACUUCUACUCCCUAUGGCUCUGUCACUGGCAUGUCGGGUGUUGGUAUGGGUAACGCCAUGGGCUUGAGUUUUGUCAUUUCUGGUGGCAUGUAUUCUGGCUAUCAGCCUCAACCAAUUGGCACCCCACUGUCUCCUCAUGCACCUGAGUUCACUUCCAGCACUGGAUGGAAGGGUGAUGCUGUUGCUACAGACGGCCAGACGUAUCUACCAACAACCGAGCCACUCAAUUACCGUCGUCUUCUCGAUCGCACGGUCAAUUGCAACUGGAAGUACAUUGUUGACAAGAUCGUUUGUAACAAUGAUCAACAAGCUUCAAUCUUCCUUCAACAGAAACUCAAGGUCGGUACAACAGAACAGAAGUAUGACAUUGUCGAGGCAAUUGUUGCUCAAGCCUAUCCACUUAUGGUCAAUCGCUUUGGCAAUUUCUUGGUUCAGCGCUGUUUUGAGCAUGGAACUCCCGAACAAGUUAUCAAGAUUGCUGAGGCCAUUCGAGGUAACACCUUGAAUCUCUCCAUGGAUGCUUUCGGAUGCCACGUCGUCCAGAAGGCUUUUGACUCUGUUCCAGAGGAUUAUAAAGCCAUCAUGGUUCAUGAGCUCCUUCGUCGCAUCCCGGAGACCGUCAUCCAUCGGUACGCUUGCCACGUCUGGCAGAAGCUCUUCGAGCUCCGCUGGACUGAGUCUCCACCUCAGAUCAUGAAGUAUGUCAAUGAGGCUCUUCGUGGCAUGUGGCAUGAAGUUGCUCUUGGAGAAACUGGUAGCUUGGUUGUGCAGAACAUUUUUGAGAAUUGCCUCGAGGAAGACAAGCGCCCCUGUAUUGAAGAGGUGCUUGCUAGCAUCGACAUCGUUGCUCACGGUCAAUUCGGCAACUGGUGUAUCCAGCACAUUUGCGAGCACGGUGCUCCAGCUGAUCGCAGCCGGGCAAUUGACCAUGUCAUCCGCUAUGCUUCCGAGUAUAGCAUGGACCAAUUCGCUUCCAAGGUCGUCGAGAAAUGUCUCAAGAUUGGCGGUGUUGAUUUUCUUGGUCGCUACCUCGACCGUGUCUGCGAGGGUCGUCUCGACCGCCCCCGCAUUCCUUUGAUCGACAUUGCGAGUGAUCAGUACGGCAAUUACCUUAUUCAGUACAUUCUCACUCACUCCAAUCCGCAGCACCGCGAGAUCGUCGCUCAGCACAUCCGCAAACACAUGGUCUCACUCCGUGGAUCUAAGUUUGGCUCUCGAGUCGGCAUGCUCUGCACCAACCCUGCCAUCCAGACCCGCCCUGGUCCUGGUGUCGGUCCUGCUAUCGGCACUAGCAAUCCUCGCAUACCCCAGCAGAACCCUCGCUAUCCUGGAGCAUAUCGUUGA